AUGAAUCAAAGAAUAAAUGAAGAAGCUUUGGAAGUUGUUGAUAUGAAUUCAAUAAAUAAUAUCGAUGAUAUUAGAUUAUUAAUAACGAAUUCAAAAUUAUCAAUUCAAUUAUCCAAAUUAAUUUUAGAAUCAUCUUAUAAAGAUGAAUAUAUUGUAUUAUUUUUUGUAUUAUUACACACCAUAGAUUUACAUCCAAAUACCAAGGCUAACUUUUUAGUAUCUACUUUUGAUAAAAAACUAUACAGUUUAUCAAAAUCUUUGUUAGAUACUAACAAAUUCACUUUUGUUGAAAUUUUGAAAUGUUUAAAGAUUAUGGACUCAAAGAGAAAUAUUAGAAUUUUAAAUGAAAAAUUAAAGAUCAUUAAAGAAAAGCAUGACACCCGUAUUGCUACCAUAAAAACCAUAUCAGACGAAUACCAUAGAAAUAAAAUCAUGGAAAAAUUAAAAAAUCUUGAAAUUAAUGAUCAAGAAGCUGAAGAGUUAUUAAAGAAGAUUGAAAAUGGUGGUUUUGAAGAAGAACAGAAAAAGAAAGAAGAAGAAAAAAAGAAAGAGGAAGAAGAAAAGAAAGAGGAAGAAAAGAAAGUUGUAUCGAGAGGUUCCAGAUCUGUAAGAGGUGCCAGACCCACAAGAGGUUCCAGAUCUGUAAGAGGUGCUAGAUCUACAAGAGGUGCUAGACCUUCAAGAGCUGCCGUGGCAGUUGAAGAGCCAAAAUCUGAAGAAAAGAAAGAAGAAAAAGAAGAAAAAGAAGAAAAAGAAAAAUCAAAAGUUUCAGAGUCUCCUCAAGAAAAAUUAAAAAAGAAAAAAAUAAGAGAAGAGCUUUUUGAAAAACGUUACCAAAAUUCACUUAAAUCAACUGAGGCUAAAAUUAGAGAGUUGGUUGGCUAUGGCUAUGAAUCCACAUUGUCUGGUAAUGUUGUAAAAAUUUUUAAAUCAUGGUUCAAAACUGUUAGCAAAAAUACUUUAGAAUACUUUGCAUUGGGCCAACCAAAGAAGACAUGGAAAGAAAUUGCUGACCUUCUACAUUUGGGACCAAAAGAUCUUUGCUCUGACCUUCCAUGGUUCUUAAGUGUUAUGUUUGGAAGACCAGCACCAGAGGGCACAUAUGUCUACGAGUUUGAAAAAGAAUUAAAGAAACCAGAAGAAUUUACAAAAGAUAAAGCUCUAUUAAUUAUAAACAAAUAUAAACCAUCCUAUGCUUUCUUAAGAAAGAACCUUCCAAGCGUAUUGCUCGAUGAAGAUGUUAAAUUAACCAUUGCAAAUUACGAAGAGUUACCUGCUUUGGUAUGGUGGUUACACGAAUUUAAAGAAUGUCCAAAAAUAAUCGAAUUGAUUGUUAAACGUUUAAAUUCUGGUGAAAGUAUUUCAGAGGUUUCAGUUGGUAUUUUGCUCGAAAAAGCUAUGCCAUUAAAAAAAGAAGAUGCUUUGUUCAAGGCUUUAUUCGAAGCUAUUGUCAAUAAAAUGGCACAAAUUAAAGAGCGUUUUUCAUUGCCACCACCAAUCGCCACAUUAUGUGACAAAUCUGGUAGUAUGGAUACAGCCAUUCGUCUUUCAUUAAUUAUUAGUUUCAUCAUUUCAAAUUUAACCCCAGAUUCAACAUUGUCAUUCUUUGAUUCCGCAGAUACUCCAUCUCCAUUCAAAACCGAUUCUCUAGAGACUUUAUUCGAAUCAAAAAAUGUCAUUAGAGCUAGUGGCGGUACAGAUCCAGGUGCAUCAAUGUCCAAGUUAUUAAACGAAAAGAUCAAGAAAAAUUAUAUUAUUGUUGUUACCGAUGAGGAAGAAAAUAGUUAUAGACAUGGUUCUUUUGCCGAUCUUUUCGUAAAAUAUCGUAAUGAAGUUAAUAAAGAUGCCAAGGUAGUCUUCAUUUCUUUCCUUAGACUCCAUGCUAAAGGUCAAAUGGUCACUGCAUUAAGAAACGUUGGCGUUGAACCAAUUCAAAUGAUUUUAGAUAAUUCAAGUCCAGAUGUCACAAAGAUCGAUUUAAUGCUUUCAAAUUUGGCAUGUGAAUCAGAAUUAUUUAAAGACCAACUCGAUCUUUUUGUAAAUAUUAUGAAUACAGUUGGGGAUAAAAAGACCUUUGAAAUGAUCACUCAAAAGAAGAACCGUCUUAUGACCACCAGCCUUAAUCUCGAAUUGGGCAUCGAAAACUUAAAAGCUCUUUGUCUCAAAUAUCAAGAAACCAAAUCAACUGACUCAUUGCAAUUAUUAAUCAUCAAGAAUACCUUAAAUCGUCUUAUCAAGAUUGCAAAGGAUAUUAAAUCAGAACCAGCCGAAGAAAUCUUUACCAAAGUUCAAAAAGAAUUUUCAAAGAUGAACAAAGAAGAAGGUGUCAAGUAUCUCUUAGAGUCCAUUAAUGCUAUUGAUAGAUGUGUUUAUAUCUCAAAGCAUGAAAUUAAUCAAGAAAUUAAAGAUAAAGAAUACACCGAAUCGAAAACUUCAACUUUAUCAAAGAUCAAAUCAACUAUUUUAGACCAAAUUUCAAUUCCAGAUGUUAAUAGUGAGAUGAACAGUGAAAAUAAAUCUAAUUUUGUUUCAAUCUAUUCUGUUUUAUUAAAUUCAGUUGAUUUACAAUCAAAAGUAAAAAUAAACGUAUUGUGUGGUUCGAUUAUGUCAAAGAAUUAUGAUUUUGCAAAAUUAAUUUUAUACAAUAAAAGCUAUACAUUCAAAGAAGUUGCAAAGGCAAUUAAAAUUAUAGAUUCACCAAGGAGAAUUAAACAGUUAAAAUUAAAAGUGGAAAAUGCUUUAUUAUCACACCAAAAAAGAAAAGAAAGAUUGGAAGAGCAAUCAAAAUUAUAUUUAGAAAGUAAAUUAAUAAAUGAUAACAAUAACAAUAACAAUAACAAUAACAAUAACAAUAACAAUAACAAUAACAAUAACAAUAACAAUAAUAAUAACAAUAAUAAUAACACUAAUAACAAUAACAACAACUAUAAAAUAAAAUAUAAACCAAAGAGAAAUAGAGUAAAUAAAAAUAAUAAAAAUAAUAAAAAUAAUAAUAGUAAAAAUGAUAAAAAUAAAAAGAAAAAAAAAGUAAAUGAAAAAUUAAUUCAAUUAAGGUUCGAUUCAAGUAUUAAAAAAAUGAAACAAGAAAUAGAAAAUUUAGAAAAGUAUGAAUAUGUUGGUUCUUUAAGCGGUAAUUUAGUUAAAAUGUUUAAACAGUGGAUUCAUACUUUCCCAGAAAAAACUUUAGAGUUUUUUGCAUUGGGCCAACCAAAAGAAAUAUGGAGAGAAAUGGCAGAUCUUUUACAUUUAUCACCAAAUGAUUUUCAAGGUAGCUGGUUUUUGCCAGUGAUGUUUAAUGGCAAAUCUCCUCAGGGUUCAGUAAUCAAUGUAUUUUCAAAUUUUAACUCAACAGAAGAAGAGCUUUUAGCAGAUGAAGUUUUAAUGAAUGACUUUGUAGAAUUGGUUAAGAAGUUUAAACCAUCAUAUUCAUAUAUUAGAAAAAGAAUCUCACCAUCGAAAAUUCCAGACCAUUUGAAGCUAAUCAUUGCCCAGUAUGAAGAGCUAAAUAGUGUUCUUUGGUUUUACCACGAACUAUGCUCAUAUGAUGUUGACACGUUACUCUCAGAGAGACUCCAAAAAGAGACACUAUCUCAAUCAUAUGGUGUUUUGUUAGAGAAAGCCAUGUUUCUUCAACAGAACGGUAUUCCAGUUUUUAAAGAUAUUUUACCAAUAGUAUCAAAUAGUCUCAAAACAUUAGCAUCAAAGAUUACACUAUCACCUCCAUUGGGAACUAUAGGUGAUUGUUCAAACUCAAUGUUUUUAAGUAUAAGAUUAGCAACCAUUAUAGCUUCACUUAUCAGUUAUUUGACACCAGAUUCAACAUUAAAAUUCUUUAAUCACUCUCCAAUUUUUGCACCACUCAAUGUAAACAAUAUUUCUGAAGUUUUUAAAGUAUCCGAUUUAAUUAAGGGUUCUGGCUCCACCAGUCCAGCAGCUGGUUUGUGGCCAUUCUAUGAAAAGAAAGAGAAAUUAGAAUAUUUGGUAGUAGUUUCAGAUGAGGAAGAAAAUUGCAACUAUAAUGGUUACUCAUUUGCUCAGUUGUUCAAAAAAUAUAUUAAUGAAGUUGCAUCAGAUUGCAAAUUAGUAUUGGUAUCAUUUUUGGAUAACAACCAAGAAGGAAAUAUGUACAGUGUUUUAACUAAAGAUUAUGGUAUCACUCCUCUUCAGUUUAGAUUGGACAAGAGAAGACCAGAUGUCACUAAAGUUGAUGAUAUGAUAACAACCCUAUCAUGUGAAUCACCAGAAUUUAAAUAUCAAGUAAAAAGCCUUAAUUUUAUUCACGAGAUUUUUGGUAUUCCACUCUUCAAACAACAUUUAAAUUCAACCUCAAGCAAUCUUUUCUUUAGUUCAUACACAAUAGAAAAUUAUUUAUUAACAUUAAAAUAUAUAACAAAUUACUUAAUGGACCCAAAUGGACCAUCAGUACUAUAUGAAAUGGAUAUCAAUAAAAUACUUAAACAAAAUAACAAGGGUGAUGCAUUUUAUAAGUUGGCCAUUAGUGAAAUUAUUGAAGAGCUAUGCGAAUAUUCUAAACAGUUCAAAUUUACCAAUGUAUAUAAUCAUAUUGCCGAUUUAUUAGAAACCUUCUCUAUUUCUAAAUGUCAAGAUAAAAUUAAACAAAUCUAUUCAAAUUUAAACCAUAAUUUAGAAAAAUCAAACCCAUUAAGCAAAGAUCUUAUUAUAGAACAAAAUAGUAAAAACAAUGAAAAAGACCAAAUAAUUAAAAAGAAAAAUGGUGGAAAGAGAGAAUUAGUUUUAAAUAGCUUAGAGUUAUCAAUUUUAUUUAGCUAUUUAGAAGACAGCAAAUCAUUAGUAGCUUGCUCAAUGGUUUGUAAACUAUGGAGAAAGUGUACAUUUAAUUCAAAUAUAUGGACCAAGUUUAUGUCACGUCAUAACAAUCAAUAUUUGGAUUUGGUUAUCUUAUGUGAUGUUACUGGUAGUAUGGGAUCUGAGCUUACCCAGGUAAAAACAAAGUUAGGUCAAAUUGUUGAUAGAAUAAAGGAAUCAAAGGUCAAUGUAAGGGUUGCUAAUGUAUUCUAUAAUGAUCACCACCAAGUCUAUUUACAAACUGAUGAGUCUCCAACUGUUCAAGUGGACUUUACAUCCGAUUUGGACGAAAUUAAAUCAAAGAUUGAAAGUUUAAAUGUAGAUGGUGGGGAUGAUAAUGCAGAGGCAGUUGCAGAUGGUCUAUAUCAGGUAUCUAAACUUAACUUUAGAAGGAAUAGCACCAAAGUUUGUAUUUUUAUUGCAGAUGCACCUGCCCAUGGCUUUGAUGAAGCAAUAGACAAUUUCCCUAAUGGCUGUCCAUGUGGACAUGAUUGUAUAGAAUUGGUUAGAAAAAUUGUUAAAAUGGGUGUUACAUUUUAUACAGUAUCAUGCAGACCUACCCAUUCAUCAAGUGACUUUUUAUGUGCAAUUGCAGAUAUCUCUGAAGGUGCAUGUGUCGAAUUACAAUCUUCAGAAUAUUUAUCAGAUUUUAUAGUUGGAUCAGCUCAAGAUGCUUUGUUUUUAGAAUCGGUUAGUCACCAAGUAAUAAGAGAGGUCGAAGAAAUACGUUUACAAAAUCCAUUUUUAAAUAUGGAGGAGUCUAUAUAUCGUGCAACCUAUGCCUUACGUAGCAAGGGUGUAAUGAUGAAAGAUUCAUCAAGAGUUGCUUCAUCAAAUGCAAUUGAAAAGUAUGAAAGAUAUAGAUUUAUAAUUCAAUCAGAUUCAGAUAAACAAUUCAUUGAAAAGUUUAACAACUAUAAAAAAUCAACAAAUAUAAAACCAAUUAAAAAAACAAAUAGAAAUAAUAAUAUUCAAUCAAAUGCCACAAGUUUUGACGACUCAUUAGUUUUAAUUAACAUUCCAUAUGUCAGAAAAAUUUGUAAAAAAUUUGGUUUGAUUUAA